GGAAAUGUGCGGAGUCGGUGAAUCACGUUGCGGCAAUCCGUGGCGGGGGGGCGGGACUAGGCAGGGAGCGAUGGAGUCCGCCAAAUUCAAGAAGGAAUUGGUCAGCAAGUUACUGCAUUUCUAUUUUAUGGAUCAGAAAACUAAAGUCAGUGGCGACGCUGUCAUCAUUAUGUGUGAAAUGAUAAAGUUGUUUGUGAUGGAGGCAGCAGCUCGAACAGCCCGUCAGGCUGUGUCUGAAGACUCUAAAGCAGCAGAGAUCGACCACUUUGAGAAGAUUUUGCCACAGUUGCUUCUGGAUUUCUAGGAUGGGGUAUUGCCGCUGGGUGCCAGCCGCUGUGUACAGCUCGGGAAUGGGGUCCCUUCGUGCCACCUCCAGCCUCUCGCUCAAAACCAGAUCGUCCCCGCUAUCGGAAACCGCUGCCACCGCUUGUGUAACUGAUGGCACGAUGACUCUUCACUAUUUAAGUGUGACGGACGUUGUAGAUUUGAUGGCAGUUUUUCUCGAGAGGUUUAUGUCAGCGAUGCACUUGAGACCAUUACUGUCGAAGGGGCUCGACCCCGAAAAGUCACCCAUUCCUUCUCUCCAUAGAUGCUGCCUGUCCAGCUGAGUUACUCCAGCAUUUUGUGUCUGUCUUCACUGUUCAAUCUUAUGUGCAGGAAGGAACUGCAGAUGCUGGUUUAUACCGAAGAUAGACACAAAAUGCUGGGGUAACUCGGCGGGUCUGGCAGCGUGACUGGCGUAAAAGAAUAGGUGAUGAUUCGGGUCGAGAUCCUUCAUCUCCCCUCCUCCACCCUGGUCGUUUAACCAGUUCCACAGUUCACUGCAUUGUAUCUCUCUUGAGAUCGCAUCUUCCCAAGCCAACAGUGGGCUUAAGAAGGGUUCCAACCUGAAACAUCACCUAUUCUUUUCCUCCAGAGAUGCUGCCUGACCCACUGAGUUACUCCAGCUUUGCGUGACUGUUCAAUCUUAUGCCAACUUUGAAGAAGUUCACCUCUUCUCUCCGUUUUGUGGAGAGUUCUGUGAGACCUAUCCAUGUACUCCAGAAAUGCUGCCUGACCCAUUGAGUUGCUCCAGCACUUUGUGUCUUUUAUUUCCCCUUCAAUGUGUUCACUUUUUGAAGGAGCUACACUGUGUGCCACUGCUGACCAGAAUGGGCAUUCAUGUCUUUCAAUUAUAGAGCUUCAAACUCUUGCUUCCCAGCUCGAUCAAUCUUUAAAAUAAAGCGAAGGAAGGUCGAUACAAAAUGCUGGAGUAACUCAGAGGCACAGGCAGCAUCUCUGGAGAGAAGGAACGGGUGAUGUUUCGGGUCGAGACCCUUCUUCAGACUUUAAAAUAAAGCUACUGUCUAAAGGCAGCGGGCUAGAAUACGAGCCAACAUUCAACAAACGCUAAUUCACAAUAUUGUGUUAAACGUUCAAAGACUUGGGUACUGAGAGACCUUGAAGGUUCUCAAGGUUCACAGUACAUGAAACCAUUAGAGCUGAGAAGAGCAAGUGAAUGAUUUGGAUAUCGGUAUUAUUGAAUGUGUGCUUUUUGUAUCCAGUACAGGAUGUACAUGUAUUCAAAACAGAAAGUUAUUAGUACUUUUUGAGUUGCAAGAACAUAUGAUAAUUGUAUCUGGCCUUUUCAAUGUACUGUACAAAGUUACAAAGGGCAGAUUAAACAUGUUGCCUCUCUUUGUAAAUCCAUUUCCUAAAUAAAUGAAACUUAGGAAGAA